AUGCUAUUACAGUCAUAAACUUGUAUUGGGUGACCUUACAGAGUUCAAAACAAUUUUCAUCCACUCAUAGCACACCCCUAUCUCCAAUGGAAAAGCCAACAACCGUUUCAAUAUCAAACCCAUAUCCACCAAUCUUUUGAAAGUCUUAAAACCAGUGUUGCCACACUCUCUCUCUCUCUCUCUAAAGUUGGUGUUUUGGACCCUUUUUCCGGCAGUCUCAGGGAGGGAUAGGUGAAAAUGGCACAGAUUUUGGCUCCUUCCCCACAAUGGCAGAUGAGAGUUACGAAGAACUCAACAAAUGCGAGUCCAAUGACAUCAACAAUGUGGAGUUCUCUAUUUUUGAAACAGAACAAGAAAGCAACAGCUAAAACCUUUGCCAAAUUUAGGGUGUUUGCUCUACAGUCUGAAAACAGCACAAUAAACAGGAUGGAGGAUCUGCUAAGCAUGGAUGUAACACCAUACACUGAUAAGAUCAUUGCUGAGUAUAUAUGGAUUGGAGGAUCCGGUAUUGAUCUCCGUAGUAAAUCAAAGACAAUCUCGAAGCCAGUUAAACACCCAUCUGAGCUUCCAAAGUGGAACUAUGAUGGAUCAAGUACUGGACAAGCACCAGGAGAAGAUAGUGAAGUAAUUUUAUACCCUCAAGCAAUAUUCAAGGACCCUUUUCGUGGAGGUAACAACAUCCUGGUGAUUUGUGACACUUACACGCCACAAGGCGAGCCGAUCCCCACAAAUAAACGCUACAAGGCUGCUGAAAUUUUCAGUAACAAGAAGGUUGUGGAUGAAAUACCAUGGUAUGGCAUAGAGCAAGAGUACACCUUACUCCAAACAAACGUGAAAUGGCCCUUGGGUUGGCCCGUUGGAGGCUAUCCUGGUCCUCAGGGUCCUUAUUAUUGUGCUGCCGGAGCGGAUAAGUCAUUUGGGCGUGACAUAUCAGACGCUCAUUAUAAGGCUUGCUUGUAUGCCGGAAUUAACAUUAGUGGCACCAACGGAGAAGUCAUGCCUGGCCAGUGGGAAUUUCAAGUAGGUCCAAGUGUGGGAAUUGAAGCUGGAGAUCACAUGUGGUGCGCUAGAUACAUCCUUGAGAGAAUUACUGAACAAGCUGGUGUUGUUCUCUCACUCGAUCCGAAACCAAUAGAGGGUGACUGGAACGGUGCAGGAUGCCACACCAAUUACAGUACAAAGAGUAUGAGAGAGGAUGGCGGGUUUGAAGUAAUUAAGAAAGCAAUUCUGAAUCUUUCGCUUCGUCACAAAGAACACAUCAGUGCUUAUGGAGAAGGAAAUGAAAGAAGGUUGACGGGAAAGCAUGAAACUGCCAGCAUCAACACAUUCUCUUGGGGAGUCGCUAAUCGCGGUUGUUCAAUCCGCGUGGGGCGUGAAACUGAGAAGCAAGGCAAAGGUUACUUGGAAGAUAGGCGUCCGGCUUCAAACAUGGACCCAUAUAUUGUGACGGCCUUAUUGGCUGAAACUACCUUACUGUGGGAGCCUACGCUCGAGGCUGAAGCUCUUGCUGCUCAGAAACUGGCAAUGAAUGUCUAAAAUCAGUCGGAAAAAGAAGCUCUCAUUCCUAUUUUAUUUCUCAGAUCUUUAGGGAAGAUCACUUGUAAAUAAGUCCCCAGUGGUUUCUUAGAAGCAUAUUAGAGCUUUGGGAUCAGGGUGUGUUCAUGAAUAUUUUUUGCCAGAUGAAGGACAUUGCACUGUUGUAAGCAAUUGAUUUUUAUUUUAAUUUUAUUUUAUGAUAAGGAAUCCCCCAAACGGGUUCUCUGGACCCAUCCCUUGAGAUUAAA